GAUGAGAUUUGUUACCUUUAAACAAUUUUAAGAAUUGCAAAUACUUGAUAUAUUGUUUUAAUUUAGCAAUACAUUGGAUAUAUCUAAUUCUUGGACUGGGUACAAUACUGAAUCAUGUUAAUUUAAGCUUCUAUAAUUUAAUAGAACUUAACAUUAAUAACCAAGUUCAUCAAAUGCAGUAAUAGUGGUGAUAUACCUUGCUGCUGUCAAAUCUCCUGAUUAUUUAAAAUUGUAGCUUUACACUAGAUUAAGCGAAUCUUCUGGCAUCAAUUUAUGUAACAUAGAUAAGUUCUUCCAUGUAUUAAUUGAUUAAUAUCCCUUAAAUGCCUUCAAAUACUUCUUUAUGAAUCAAAUCUUUGAGUAUUGAUCAAGCAAGUUUUACCUUUAUUUUAAAAUUAUCAAUAGUACUUA